UAUUUCAAUAACUCCAAAAACCCUACCUCUGACGUAAUCAAUCGGAAAAUGUCGUCAUCUUCAACCAAGAACAGCCAUCUUCAAAUCCCCUGCUGCGGUGCAACCGCCGCUCCUCCGCCUACUCCCUCAACUCAAUCAAAUCCCUUCUCUUCCUCCUCCUCCUCCGCCGCCGCCGCCGAUGUUCUCUCUCAUCUCCUUCAUCGCCUCCCUCCUUCUCUCACCUCCAUCCCUUCCCGCCGACGACUUAAUUCUUCUUCCUCCGCCGCCGCCGACGACGCCGUCGCCGUCUCUCCUCAAAUCAUAUCUCUCAAGCAGACAAACACGAAUAUCAACUCCGAUCUCCUUCUCGCUUCUCGUGAAACUGGAUUUUUCCAAUUAACCGCCGGCGAUCAUUCAAUACCUUCAAAACUCGCUGAAUCCGCCGAAAUCGAAUGUUUAUCUCUCUUUGAACUUCCGAUUGAUCAGAAACACCAUCGUUUUCCUUCAAACUGGCCAACUGGAUUCGAUUUCGAUGAAGAAGACGGGUUUAACCCUGAUACGCUUUGUCUCGAUUCGACCGAAUCGGAUGAACCGGGUUUAAAUUCGGUUCGCGAGUUCAUCCAUGAGAUGGAGCGGGUCGGGUUGGAGGUAAUUGAAUCACUGUCGAAAUCUCUAGGUUUUGUGAAUCCGGCUCGGAAAGAUCCGACUCGGAUCUGCUCUUUAUUAUGGGUGUCCGAAACCGAAAUGACAACCUGUAAGGAACCGGGUCGAAUGUACCCGUAUAUUGUCGGGUUGCAAUAUCAGAUUAGGAGUCAGAAAUACUCUUUGCAGUCGGGUUCGGGUUUAGUUUCGGUCUUGCCCCAGAUAGAUUCGGUCUUGGUUUCUCUUGGAGAUAUUGCAAAGGUUUGGAGCAAUGGGCAGAUCAAGAAUGUGAGAGGAAGACCUAUUCCAAUUAUAGAAGAUAAAGAAGAACAAAAACCUAGGUGCAUCACAAUGUCACUUUUGAUAAGUCUCUCCCUAGAUAGCAUUGUCUCUCCCCUCCUCUCUUUGGGAGAAAUGGAAACCAUAGAAGAAGAAGAACAACAAGAUGAUGAUGAGAAGAAGAAGAAGAAAGAAGGUGAUGAAGUAUCAAUAAAAUUCAGCUCAUUUUAUUUUGAGGAUUAUGCAUGGAGAAUCUACCAUGAAAGGUUAUCAACAAAAGAUCCCCUUGAUAGGUAUUUGAUUUAAUUCUUUUUUUUUUUUUUUCAAUUUGUGUGUGCUCCAUUUCAUUGGAUUUUGGAUUUUAUAAUGUUUUAUUUGGUUGGAUGUUGAAACUUGAAACAACUUGUUUUGAGUGACUAUGUUAAAUUUUGUUGUUGUUAAUUAUAUUGGUUUAUUAAU